AUGGCCAAGAGCGUGGCUAAGAUACUGCCGCUUCUGCUGCUUCUAGCCACGGUAGCUGCUCAGCAGCAGGAGCUGAGCGUUUCGGACUAUCAGCGCGCCCUUCAGCUUCGGCAGCUGAGCGUUGAGUUCUUCGACUUUUUUCAGAAUAUUACGCUGAAGGAUCUGAUGCCUUCGCAGGCACAGAUGCGUAUUCCCAGCCAACAGGAUCUUAUGUGUCUGGCUGAGUUGAACAGCGUAAGCAAUGGCUUGCAAUCAGGCAGCAUUUGGGCCAUGAGAAUGUUCGAUGCGUGGGGCUCACUGCCAUCCGGCAUAUUGUAUGGCAAUACAAUGGAUCUGGGCAAUGUCGAUGAGUGCAUUAAAAUCAAUCAUGCCAUGGGAACUAACCAGCAACUGAUGGGCAAAUACUGCCUGGCCGAGCUGCCGUUGAUAUCAGUAAUUACAGUUAAGACUGCCGUUUGCUUUCCCGCUUCCUGCACGGCCGCACACAUGGAUACGUUGCUGAAACAGCUGCUCCAACGACUCCUUAACAUCGAAAUGAGCGGUCAGCUCGUUAAAGAUAACAACUGCAUGACGGCCGAGGUUCCGCCUUUAGAUGGCCUUGCCAUAUUCACUAUCGUGCUUCUGGCUAUCUUGGGCACUGUCAUGGUCGUGGCUACGCUCUACGAUUAUUUCUUCUGCCCCAACCAAGAUAAAAUGCCUGCCCUGGUCAAGGUAUUUUCGGCACGCGUCAAUUCCCGAGCUCUGUUCCGUAUUGUGGACAGCAAAACAAAUCCUAAUGUCAUCGAUUGCCUGCACGGCAUUCGCUGUUUGUCGCUCAUGUGGGUGAUCUUCGGACACGACUAUUUCUUCGGCAUAGUGUCACCAAAUUUGAAUAAUGUCAGGCUUUACGGGUGGUUGGAAACCCCAUACGCUCAGCUCCUUAUACACGGUGUUCUUUCUGUGGACACCUUCUUCUUCCUUAGUGGCUUGCUGGUCUGUAUGGUGGCUCUUCGUCUCAUCGAAAAACAAAAGGGAAAGUUAAAUGUGCCUCUGAUGUAUCUGCAUCGGUAUCUACGCAUCACGCCCAUGUUGGCGAUAUUAAUACUCGUCUGCAUGAAGCUGAAGCCCUAUAUGGCUGACGGUCCUCUGAUAAAUAGCAUAACAUUCGACGAUUUCUCCGUGUGCGAACGCACCUGGUUCUGGACUCUGCUUUAUGUACAGAAUUAUGCAGCAGCGACUCAAGAUCUGUGCAUCUCACAUUCCUGGUACUUGGGCGUGGACAUGCAGAUGUACAUCCUUUCACCCAUAUUUCUGCUUGCUCUCUAUAAGUGGGGCAAAAAGGCUGCUGCUGGUAUAUUCCUGUUGAUGCUUCUGCUCUCUGCGUGCCUCUUCAGUGAAAUGGUCAUUAAAGAAUAUUCCAUGAACACAUCAAACUUGGUUCGUCAACCAGAUUCAAUGAUCAAGAUUUACUUAGCAACCCACACGCAUGCCUCUCCCUGGCUGGUUGGAUUCCUUUUCGGCUACUUUCUGCAUGUCAAUCGGGGCAAGCAGUUCAAGUUGAAUCGCAUCACUGUUUGGCUGGGUUGGCUGCUCUCUUUGGCCCUGAUCCUGGUCUCGAUCUUCGCUCUCUAUCCGUUCUUCAGAUGGGAUGGACCCUCGUUAACCCCUUUGGGGGAGGCCUUCUAUUUGACGCUGACCCGCAUUGCCUGGCCUCUGGGCCUCAGCUGGCUGGUCUUUGCCUGCAUGCAUGGCUAUGGGAGUCUGGCCAAUAGUUUCCUCUCCUCGCCCAUGUGGGUACCCCUCUCGAAACUCUCAUUCUCCGCCUAUAUAUGGCAUAUGAUCGUUGAGGAAAUCAAUUGGGGUCGCACGCGCACCAACACCUACUUUUCGGACUACGAUAUCAUGCUGCGUUUCUGGGGAGACUUUGGCAUUACAGUGCUGGUAGCCUACUUCAUGCACAUCCUUGUCGAGGCUCCCUUCGGUGGCUUGGAGAGCCUUUUGCUGCCCAGUGGAAAGUCAAAACCGCCACCCAAAGCGCGUGCUGAAGUGAAGUUGGAGGCGGAGACAGAGGCACCACCACCGCAGAUUACAGAAAUGGCACCACCACUUGAAGAGAAAUCUGCGUAUGAGGACAAGGUGCACAUAACAAGCAAUACUAACUAAUUGCUUUCUGGUUGAAAUUCGAAUUUGACAUUGUUUUUUUUAUAUUUUUUUUAUUGUAUUUUAUGAAGCUCAUAAGCUAU